CUAUUUUGACCUAAGAAAUGGCUAAUAAAUCCAAAUUCGAAAUUCGCAGAUAACAUUCACAAUGUUCUCAGAUCAAAAUCUGUAUCACUACAGCCUCCUCUCUCUCUUCCUCAUCGGACCACCCACCUUCCUCGCCUGUCAAUUCCUCACCGCCCCUUAUGGAAAACACCGCCGCUCCGGUUGGGGACCCACCAUUUCACCACCUUUAGCUUGGUUUCUAAUGGAAAGCCCUACUUUAUGGCUCACACUUAUCCUCUUCCCGUUCGGCAAAAAUCACAACAAUCCAUUAUCAUUUAUCCUCAUUUCUCCUUACCUUUUCCACUACACGAAUCGGACAAUAUUUUACCCUUUAAAACUCUACUUCAACUCAAAGGUUGGGUCGCCGGCAAGUGGUUUUCCGGUGAGUAUUGCGUUUUUGGCUUUUGUGUUUAAUCUGUUGAAUGCUUAUGUACAAGCUAGAUGGGUUUCUCACUAUGCUGAGUAUGAUUCUGAUGAGUGGUUUUGGGUCCGAUUUGCCGGCGGGAUGGUGGUUUUUGCCGGUGGGAUGGCGGUGAAUGUUUGGGCCGAUGAGGUGUUAGUGGGCCUGAAGAGUGAAGGAGGUGGAUAUAAGAUACCGAAAGGUGGGCUUUUUGAAUAUGUGAGCUGUCCAAAUUAUUUGGGGGAGAUAGUGGAGUGGUUGGGCUGGGCUUUGAUGACUGGGUCUUGGGCCGGGUUUGGGUUUUUUCUGUAUACUUUUGCUAAUUUGGCUCCUAGAGCUAGGUUUAAUCAUGAAUGGUAUUUGCAGAAAUUUGGAGAAGAUUAUCCUAGGAAAAGAAAAGCUGUUAUUCCAUUUUUGUAUUGAGUUUUGAUUUUGAUCAUGCAAUGUAAUGG